UAUCGCCUCCGGAACAAAUUGAUACCGAUUCCUAAAGUGUAUCCAAUCAUUUGAUCUUCAUUAUUCUUUUUCCUGGUUCAAAAUGAUGGUGAGGAUAGGGCUGGUGGUGAUGCUGAUGUUUGGGAAAGAAAUUCAUGGAGCAUUAAACUUGGAGAAAAAAUUGAAUGUGACCCUCACUGCUAAGGAUAUCAAAGCUUCUCCUUACUAUAAGGAUAAGGUACUCUCCCUGCCAAUUUCCAAAGAGUCUGGAGCAGAACUUUGGCAGCACUGGACGGAUCAAGCAUUUUCAGGGCUCAUAUCAGCAAUUGCUACUAGGAGGUUAAAAUUAGUGGAGAAAUAUGACAAGAAAAAGCAUGAAAAGUGCUCUUCAAAAGCUCAUGAUAUCACUAGUCAUGCAAAAUGUCUCGUUGAUUUGGAGAGUGAUGGAUUGAAAAAUCGAUUGCUUAAGAGAAAAAAGUACUUUGAUAAAAAGACCCGCAGCUCAAUUGAAAAAACGCCGCAAAAAACAGUAAUGAAGCCAGAUAAAUUGAAGAAGCUUAGAAGUAUGGAAGCCUAUGAAGCUUCUAAAAAUCCUAAGAACAAUAGAAAGUUAAUAGGAAAAGCGGUGAAAGCUAGAAAUUGGGUAGGAUCAUUCAAGACGUUGCGAGCAAAGCGAUCGGUCAAAAAUGCAAACAGCUACACAUUGAAGUCAGACUAUGACAAAUCCCCAUUUGCAACUAUCACCAAACAUCUCAAGAAUACAGUCAAAGCCUUGAAGCACAAGGACAAGCUAUCCAAAUGGCAGGAGAUAGUUGAGCGUAUACAGAGAAAGAGCAUUGAUUGGAAGAACCGAAAAGAAGCAGAGAAUAUACAGCGGAAGAGGUUGAGAGUGUUUCAAGAAGCCAAGAGAGUCAGAGCAGAUGAGAGCAUCGGACGUUCGGGUAUGAAGAGGAAGAAGCAGGACAAUGGAUUUAUGAAGACUUUAUCCAACCCUGAACUGGAGAAGUUGAUCGACGACGAAGACGUCAAGGACCUCUACUAUCAAAAAGUCUCUAAUAUGGCAGACGACGAAAAACUCAUGAUGGUACCAAUUGACAUUAUUAGACAGGCUACCAAAAUUGGAUUGGAGCUCAGCGGUCAUAACACCACAGAUUUUGAUGAGAAGUCUGUCAAAAUGAUUAGCCCUCGGUUUAUGAGUGUUUUACCUGAAGACAAGAAGGAGAAGAAUGAUACGAUUGAACUACUCUCACCUUCUCUAUUCUCCUUGCACAACUCGGGAACCGGACUUGAAAAGAAGACUUCAUUUAGCUCAAUUCUCGGAGCUCUCACUACUGACACCGACACCCAGAACUUUUUAGAUCUACUGGUAGAAGCCACUGGAGUAGCUGAGGCCGUGGAAGACGCUGAGCACAAAUUAAUAGAUGCUCAGAGAAAGAAAGAUGAUGCGAUGGGAAGAGGUCCUGAUGGUCAACCACUUUAUUUUACGAAAGAGAAUAUCACAGAAAGAUUUCCAUCAGAAGCGAGGAAGAUAGAGUUAAUGGAGAAGUUGGAUAAAACCUAUUCAAUUGAACAACUGAAAGAUAUGAAUCAAACCGGGUAUACUGUAUUGACACCGAAGCAAAUGCAACUGAUGUACGGAAAACAGUCUCCGUUCAAGAAUCCAAAGUUAUUGAGGACUUAUAAGAAUAUGACGAGGGCAGAGAUUCAUAGAUCGAUUCACAGUACGAUUAAGGAUGUGGCAGAUGAAAAGUUGAAGUUUGAGGUCCGCCAAAAAGACAUAAUCCUUUCCCCAGUCGUCAAUACUGCUCUCAUCAAUGCUCCAGAAGUAGCAUCGCAGGCACUCAUCCUCUCUCCCGCCGUCUUUGUACCCCUGAUCAACUCCCCCGCAAUAUUUGGAUCCGUCAUUCUGUCCCCCUGGCUAUUUGUCCCCCUUAUAGCAUCGCCUCGAAUCUUGAGUCCAGUCAUUCUAGACCCAUUUAUGUUUGUCCCUAUCAUCCUCUCACCUGUUGUUCUGGACCCAGUUGUGCUAUCGCCGGGGGUGUUCAAUCCAUUCAUCCUGUCACCUUUGGUCCUAUGCCCUUUUAUUUUAUCACCUCAAGUCAUGACCCCGCUGAUUCUUUCCCCUUUUGCACUGACACCCCUCAUCCUGACACCUCUCGCAUUAUCCCCUAUAGUUCUUUCACCAUUUGUGUUGUCACCUCAAGUACUGUCACCACAGUACAUAUCAGGUCUGUUCCUCUCUCCAUAUGCUCUAUCCCCGGCGAUCGAGUCGAAGGGAGCCAUGUUUACGGUAUUUGCGUCUCCAAGUUGGUUGAGUUAGUAAUAAUUAAUAAUGAUUUUGUUUUUAUUUUCAAACAAAAAUUGUUAUUCAGCAAUAAAGAAAAUGCGGAAAGGGAAAAU